AACAACUCGUUUUUGGAGGCCGAAUUGGGGAGACAGCCCAGCUACUGUUGGAAAAGUAUUCUUUCAGCCCAAGAAAUUCUUCGAAGCGGUAUUCGACGUCGUAUUGGCGAUGGACGAGAGACACAUCUUUGGGGUACUCCCUGGCUCCUUGAAGAAGUUAAUCCCUAUCCAAGCAUGGCCAGACGCGUGGAGAAUGAAGACCCCUUAGUGGCUGAUUUUAUUGACUUUGAUUUAAAUUCUUGGAAUGUAGCAAAGCUGGAAUAAUACUUUGACGCUGGUGAAGUGCUGCAAAUUCGCAGGGUUCCUGUUAAUACUAGAAGUUCCGAUGGAUGGUUCUGGAUUGGGGACUUCCGUGGGGCUUAUACGGUGAAAAGUGCUUACAGAUGUUUGAUGGGAGAUGCUUCUGUCGUGUCCUCUUUUUCAAACUGGGGAAGAUUUUGGCGGAUUCUGGUGGCCCCGAAAGUUCUUGUUUGCUUGUGGAGGGCCGUUCGAGGUAUCUUGCCCACGCGGGAUGCUCUCAUUUCUAAGAGAGUGGAGGUGGAUGGGGGCUGCCCUCUCUGUGGAGGAGCUCUCGAAAUAGUUGAUCAUAUUUUUUUGUUUUGUCCUUUUGCAGAUUCUGUUUGGAGGCUCAUGGGCAAAGGAGGUAAUAGAAUCUAUUUUAUCUCUUUCCAAAACUGGUUCCAAACAAUGCAACUUUUGACGUUGAGCCGGGGGUCUCUUUGGAAACAGCCUCUCUACUUUUGAGUAGGGGUAAGGUCUGCGUACACACACCCUCCCCAGACCCUACUCUUGUGGGAUUUAACUAGGUUGUUGUUGUUGUUGUUGUUCCAAAACUGGUUCCAAGUUCGGUGUCAGAAUGACACUUUAUUGGAGCUGCGUACCGUCGCUUUGACUUGCUGGGCAAUUUGGAAAGCACGUAACAUUGCCAUUUGGGAUCAUAAGACACUGCAUCUAGGAGAGCUCAAGAAUAUGGUGUCGUCCAUGGAAGCCCAAUGGUCAAACAAGACUAUUGCAGAGCGGGGGCGUACUCCACAGCGGCACGAGGUAAGUUUGCGGGCAGAGGCAUACAGGUGUUUUUUUGAUGCUGCGACAUCAGUUUCGGAGGAGUCCAUCUCCUUCGGCUGUGUCCUUUUUGAUCCAGGAGGUGCCUUUGUGGCAGCGGCAAAUGGAGGAAAACUUGGGCCUCUAGAUCCUCUUUUGGCGGAAGCUCUCGCUUGCAUGGAAACAUUAUCUUGGUUGCGGAAUCGAGGUAUUCGUGACGUUGAAAUUCUUUCUGAUUGUGAGGUUUUAGUGGGGGCUAUCAAGCAAGGAAGGGCCUUUGAGUGCUACUCUUAUCUAGGUCCUAUCCUUGAUGAUUGUGUUGAAUUAUUAUCUUCGUUUACAUCUAUUGGCUUUCAUUUUAUUCGUAGGAAUCAUAAUUGUAUUGCUCAUACUCUUGCACGGUGUGCUACGCCCCAUUUUGUCUCAUGGAGCAGUACACCACCCAGCUGUAUUGCACAUCUAAUUUCUUCUUAAUGAAGUUUUGUUUUUCUGUCAAAAAAAAAAAAUUUAUCUCCAUAUCUUGAAUAAAAAUAAAUAUAUAAAUAAAUAUAAGUUUAAGAUAAUUAACACAAAUAUCAUACAUUUUAUUAUCAUUAUUUAUUUUAGAACAGACAUAAUAAUACAAGCACACAUGAAAAUAAAAUACAAAUUUCCAUUAUUUAUUUAAAAAGUAAACACACUAUAACAGAGUAAAUGAAAAUGUUUAAAUCGUAGUAGUUCCACCAAAGGUCACUUCAUCACCAAUUUCAUCAUCAUCCAUGUAGAAAUCGGACACGUCAAAUUUAGGCAAAAUUGGAUUGAUAUCAUCAGCAUAAUUAGCUUCCACAUUUUUCCCUUUUCCUUUUGUGGAAGCUUGGUAUAAUUUAACCAAAUGUUUUGCCGUUCGACAUUCAUUCGCCCAGUGUCCUUUUAUGCCACAUUUGUAGCAUUCACCACUUGGUUUUGGCUUUUCAUAAGUUUUAGCCUGUGGUGGUUUGAAUUUUCCUUUUCCUUUGGAGGAUGAUCCAUUUGGAUUUUU